AAAAUUAAAAAAGAAAAAAAAAAAAAACAAAAGAACAAAAAAUGGGUAAGGCUUCUUCAGCAGCAGCAGCAACAAAAACGACAACUACUACCACAACAAUUACUUCAUCCAGAACUGCCACAACGACGACGGCCACCACCUCCUCCGCCGCCGCCGCAUCCGCAGCUAAGUCCCCUUCCGGCGGGUUAUUACACGGGAUGAAGCGCAAGAAGAAGAAAGGCCGCCCCUCUCUGUUAGAUCUCCAGAGGCGCAAACUUCAACAACAGAAACAACAAGAGAAACAGGAUCAUCUCGCCAAAAUUACUAACCAGAAUAACAAUAAAACCCUAACCCCUCCUCCUCCUUCUUCCAAUUACAAUUCUUCCUCCCGUCGAUCCACUCGCCGGAACCCUAACCCCAAUCUCAAUUACGAUUAUUCCCCCUCCUCCUCCUUCGACGACGGCGACGACGACGAUGACGAGCGGCAGCAGAAGAAAGUUAAGCUCGUUGUUCGCCUUCCCCAAUCAUCCUCCGAACAGCGCCAACAACGGGAAGAUUCUCCUUCUCGGAAUUCUCCGCCUUCCUCCUCCGCCGCGGCUUCUGAUUCCGACCAAGAUAACCGCCGCGAAGUCGAGAUCAAUGCCGGUGACGGUAGAUCUAACCCCGCCGGUCUCAAUCAGGUUCUCAAUUUUGAGGGAUUUUAUUUCCCUCCCUUUUUUCUGCAUUCUAUUGGGAAAUGUUUGGUUUUUGGAAAUUCGGUUUUCGAGUCAAAGCUUUGGGUUCUCUUUUCUAUUUUUGGAAAAAAUUAAAGCGUCGUUUUUUCCCCUCUUCCUGUGGUUUCUGUGUUCGAAGAAUUUAAGGUUUCAUUUGUCUAGAUGUGGUUGCAGUUCAUGGGAUUUCGCGCAAAAUUUUACUUUUUCUUUUUAGUUUUUUUUACAAAAGACUUCUUUUAAUAAGUGGAUAUAUGACUACUGACUUUUGAGAAUCUGAAUUAUUAUGAGAAGUGGGUUCAAGGGUUUUGACUCUGUCCAAGCUUUACAAAUUUGGAGUUGCCCUGUUCAUUUAUGUUUCUUUUUCUUAUUUUCUCCAGUUUCCCCUUCAGCUAAGAUUAUAAAGAUUCAGUCUUUAUACUGCUGGUAGUAUUUAUUUUAUUGUAUAUAUAUGUAUAUAUAUAUAUGUGUGUGUGUGUGUGUGUGUGUGUGUGUGUGUGUUUCAAACCAUCAGUUUAUAAGCAUAAUUAUUUUGGGAUAAAGUUUUGUUUUGUCUUUUCUGAUCAUUGACAUUUAUAGUAGUUGCAGAAGAAGCAGCUGCAGCAGCAUGUUUAUUUAUUCUGCCCUUCUUUUUCCCCCUCAACAUUUUCUAAAGCUUCAGAUUGCUCUGCGUUUGUACUUGCUCUGUGGUUGUCCAUUUACUGGACAUUUUCACACCUUCUUCUGCCUAAUUUUGAGUGUUAAUUUUUUCUGCAGGGGAGAAAGACUGUGAAAACGAUGGGCACUGUACAUGGGUCUUCUCUGGUGACUGGACCCACAUCUACACCUUUGCCAGAUAGAACCAUGUUGGUGUUCGUCCUUGACAGACUUCAAAAGAAGGAUACUUAUGGGGUGUUUUCAGAACCCGUUGAUCCAAAUGAGCUUCCUGAUUAUCAUGAAAUUAUCGAACAACCGAUGGAUUUUGGGACUGUGCGGAAAAAGCUUGAUGAUGGGGUUUACACCAAUUUGGAAGAAUUAGAGGCUGAUGUGAUGCUGAUAUGUUCGAAUGCGAUGCAAUACAAUUCAUCAGAUACUGUUUACUAUCGACAGGCUCGGUCCAUACAAGAGCUGGCAAAGAGGGAUUUUGAGAACUUGAGGAAUGAGGGUGAUGACGGUGAACCACAACCAAAAGUUGUCCGAAGAGGGAGGCCUCCAAGCAAGAAUCUGAAAAAACCUAUCGAGACUUCACCGAGUGAUCGUGUUGGUCUUGAGGUCUCCUCGGGUGCCACUCUUGCUACAGGUGAAGAUAAAGCAAGUGGAUCUAAUGGUUACAAUUUAAGAAAGGGGCAGUCGAUGCUAUAUAAACUUCGCUCAAAUGAUGCAUCGUCUGGAACUUCAUUUCGUACACGCAAUGGAGAAAAUUACUCUGAUUGGUUAGUUGAUUGGAACAGUGAAUUUCCAGCAAACAUUUUAAGGGCUGACAUGAAAUAUGGGAAAAAGCAUUUUACUAUGAUUGAUGAGACCAGGCGGGAUACCUAUAAACAGUCCCACCCGUUGCCUUCGAGCAGCAACCAGUCUUACUUCUCAAAUUCCUUUGGAGACAUGAAGCGGCUAAUGUCGGUAGGUCUUCACAUGGAUCCACAUGCUUAUGCGCGAAGCCUGGCAAGGUACGCCGCAAAUCUUGGGCCAGUUGCUUGGAAUGUUGCUUCUAGGAAAUUGAAAUCUGUUCUUCCUGAUGGACUGGCCUUUGGGCCAGGAUGGGUGGAAGAAAACGAUUUGCCGCUGCCUUUUUUACCUGAUAAGUUGAAGUCAAUGAACACCUCAGUACCUAACCAUGAUUAUUCUGGCAAAAUGGUAAACCCAUCCACAUCUGAGUUGAGUUCUGUACAUAGACCACCAGGAGAAAUUGCUGAUGCUGGAAGGAGAUCGAGUAGUCAGAAUGAGUUACCCAAUCAGGGUAGCGGGUUAUCCUGGGCAAUACCAUGUAGUGGAAACUCCUUCCAGACUCCACCACAGAAAGCAAUAUUUCACCCGAAUAGAAAUGGUUUUAAUGGGAUGAUUGGGUUUGAUAUGUCAUCUCAAAUGGGUGUGGCACAAGUAGCCGCCACUCAAGCAGGACAUUCUGGGUGGGAUAAUCAAAUCCUCCCUGGUAGGCAAUCUGCAGGCAAUGUUGCAGCCCUUCAUUCAGGGCCCCAGUACCCGCCAAAGUCAGCAGAAGCAAAAUUGUCGGAUAAUUGGGCGUUAGCCCGAUCUGGUAAUUCGCUAAACCAAGCCUCUGAUUCACAGAUGGUAUCUGCGAUGCAUAGGCAAUCGCCUGCAAUCCCGCCUGAUCUAAAUAUAAGAGUACAGGCAACAUCGGGGUCCCCCAGUUCUAGUUUACAGAUUGGUUCGCCGCAACCAGAUUUAGCCUUACAGCUUUGACUCGUAGUUUAAUUUUGUGUUUCUUACUUUAUUUUCUUUUUUAAUUAGGGGAGAUUAUUUUGAAUUGGCAGAAUGUAGUUGAUGGGCGUUAGUGAUAUCCAGGUAGAGAGCUCUGCUGUAAGGUGAAGGAAUAUAGGAAAAAAGUAUUGAAAAAACUUGUACAGAUGAUAAACAAUGUAAUUUAAACAUUUCUUUUAGGCGAAGACUAGAGGGCAUUCGAUUGUAACAUUCCAAACCUUGAUCCUUUAGUGCAGCGAUAAGAGUUAGUACUAAAGAGUUUGCAUUGUGUUUGGCAUUGGAAAUGAAUGAGCAAAUGGGGAGCUCAGCUGAGCUGACUGCAAACAUUGUAACCAAUUUUCAUGAAGCUCUGUAAAGGCGAUGAAAUGUUCGAGGCUCUGGAUUGAUAUGUUUAUUCGAAGCACAACAUAAACUGGGGAGUUGUAGAAAUGAUAUAACGUUAGAUAUUAGAUUAGUCAAAUAAGUUUAAGCUGAUCCAUUCAAACUGUUUGGUAUUAGAAUUUUUCUUUGAAGGGGGAGAAAUAUAAUU